GCGCUGGCAGCCGUGGGGCGGGGCGCGGUGUGCGCGGCUCUCGCGAGACUUGCCGCGGGCUUCGCGCGGUGCUUGGUGGGAGCUCGCCCCUUUCUGGCGGCCCGGCCAUCUUGGCUGCGCGUCUGCGGUACCGCCCGACCCCGCGCGAGGCAGCAACAUGGUGGCCGCGAAGAAGACGAAAAAGUCCCUGGAGUCCAUCAACUCCAGGCUUCAGCUGGUUAUGAAAAGUGGCAAAUAUGUGCUUGGGUACAAACAGACCCUGAAAAUGAUUCGUCAGGGCAAAGCCAAGUUGGUCAUCCUUGCAAACAACUGCCCUGCUUUGAGAAAAUCAGAGAUUGAGUACUAUGCUAUGCUUGCCAAGACUGGUGUCCAUCAUUAUAGUGGGAACAACAUCGAGUUGGGCACAGCAUGUGGAAAAUACUACAGAGUGUGCACACUGGCCAUCAUUGACCCAGGUGACUCUGACAUCAUUAGAAGCAUGCCAGAACAAACCAGCGAGAAGUAAAUGCUAUAAAGGUGUUAUUUCUACAAUAAAAUUGGCUACAGAUCCCUUUUAAGAAAAA